GUCACGGCCUCUAACACAGGAGACUGUGAGUAUCUGCGGCCUCAGCUUUCCCCCGAGGCCCUACAGCGCGCCCGGAGCUCCAGGAGAGGGCGGCAGGAGUCGGCUCUGUAGGGGAGGGAGCGGGUCUGCCGUCCGGAGGGUCCGAGCCACGUUUGCCGAGUCACCGUGAGAGGCAAAGACUCGGCUCAGACCACGCCCGCCUCCGUGCCCCGCGGAACUGCGUGGUAGCUCAGCUGUCCCCUCAGCCGCGUUGCCUGGCAUGAGCGGAGAGUCGGGGACGCUGGCUGCGGUUCCUCCAUCGCCCUCCCGGCUCUGCAGUGGUGCGAGGAGGGGUGUGGUGGGUGUUUUUUCCCGAAGAAGCAGCUCUGCUAUCUAGGAUGGGAUCCAAGCUCUCAGUGGAUGACUCAGUGCGUGUUGUGAUCAUUGGAGGAGGUUUCGGGGGAAUCGAAGCUGCCAGACAACUGAAGUCCUGGGGAAUCCCUUUUGUUCUUGUGGACAUGAGAGAUGCAUUCCACCACAAUGUGGGUGCUCUCCGGGCCUCUGUAGAGAGUGGAUUUGCCAAGAAAACCUUCAUCUCUUACUCUGUGACCUUUGAGGAGAGCUUCCGACAAGCCAAGGUGGUUGGAAUAGACCUACUGAGGCAGAAAGUCUUGCUGAAUGAUGAUGAGGAGCUUUUCUACUCUCACCUCAUCCUUGCUACAGGCAGUGAUGGGCCUUUCCCUGGGAAGUUUAACCAGAUCGUUGACAUGGAAACUGCCAUUCAGACUUAUGAAGACAUGGUCAAGGAGCUCCAGAAAUCUCCACGUAUCGUGAUAGUAGGCGGUGGUGCUGCUGGAGUGGAGAUGGCUGCAGAGAUCAAAACAGAAUAUCCAGCCAAAGAGGUCACCCUCAUUCAUUCAAAAAUUGCACUGGCUGAUGUGGAGCUUCUACCAAGUGUCCGGCAGAUGGUGAAGGAGAUUCUCCUCAAGAAAGAAGUGCGUCUCUUGUUAAGUGACAGAGUCAGCAACCUGCAUAUGCUGACUUUAAACCGAUUCCAAGAGAAUAUGGCAGUCAAGACAGAAAAGGGCACAGAGGUUGCUGCUGACAUGGUGAUUCUCUGCACUGGUAUAAAGAUCAAUUCAUCAGCAUACAGCAGUGCAUUUGGGGACAAGCUGGCGAGUAAUGGUGCUUUAAAGGUCAACCAGUACCUCCAGGUGGAAGGGUAUGAUAACAUCUAUGCUAUUGGUGAUUGUGCUGAUGUGAAGGAACCGAAGAUGGCAUACCAUGCUGGGCUCCAUGCCAAUAUUGUGGUGACAAACAUCAUCAACAGUUUGACACAGAAACCUCUUAAAACCUACCAGCCAGGAUCACUAACCUUCCUGCUCUCGAUGGGCCGGAAUGAUGGGGUAGGCCAGAUUAAUGGAUGCUACGUGGGACGUCUUUUGGUGACUAUUGCCAAGAGCCGGGACCUUUUUGUUUCUAAGAGCUGGAAGACUAUGGGACAGACUAUGCCCUGCUAGAUAGAAAGGACAAUGAUGAAGUAGCAAGAGAAUACAUGUAUCAACUGGCAUGAACAAAGCUGGAAAAGAGUAAAAGGUGCAUAAUUACCAAAAUGACACAAGCUAUAUGGCUAUUUGACUGAUAUCAAUACUGCACCAAAACAUCAUGUAUUACGAAUGCCAUUCUUUAGCAUGGUGCAUAACAACAACACAAAGCCCUCUUUUUAAAGUGGCUCUCGGUUAUGUUAAGUGGAUCCGCACAGAAACUGUAUUUCUUGCUGAAACUUUUUCAAAACACAAUUCGUGCUAAGAUGGAGCUGAGAAAGGAAUCCAGUUUAAAUGUAUUUUAAAUUAAAAUAAGUAGCAGAAUAA